AUGUAUUUCGCGAAGACUCUGCUUUACCUUGCUACGCUCCUCGGGUUUGCCUUGGCCCAGUCGAUGGAGAUCUUGGCACCACCUGCUGGCACUACUCUGACCCCUGGCAAUAACUUCACUGUCCAACUACAAAUGUCGAACUUCCCCGAGAACAUUGAUGUCGUCGCCGUUGUGAUCGGUCUACAACACUGCUUGGGGACGCAGUGCGAUCCACCCACCGAAGUCAUGGGCAGCAUCCUCUAUCAGGGUCCGUUCACCCCUCCAGUCGGACAGUUGACCGCCAAUUAUUCCGUCGCCGUGCCGAGUUCGUUCUCCAGCGGGACUGCCCAGCUCGGUGUGAUUAACUUCUUCAUGGUCGGGGUAGGUCUUUCUGCCGCAAUUUCUCUCCUGAGCGAGUUUAACAUGUGCCGGUGCUCUUUUACAGGCGGGUUACAUGCCAGUGGUUCAAUAUCUGAAUGA